AUGUCGACGUGGCAGAUAUUUCCCGGUGCCGGGAAUAGCUUCCGGUGGGAAAUUUCCAAUCAAGAGCUCCAAAAAGAGGAACACUGUGAUGUUGCACUUCAACAAGAUGCAGAUCCCCAACCUCUCCCGUCCAUGGCUGAUCUCUUGUUUCUAGGUUGUUCCGAGAUUUUGGAGGAACAUAUUGGCAAUACAGAGGACGCGCCUUUGUUUCGAACUGGAUUGGGAAAAUCUGUAGCGGUGAAGCAGUCUUCAAUAAAGAGGGCUCGUUUAGUUCUUGGUGAUGUAGAUGAAGUCCCAACUGAUACUGGCCACUUGGAUGAAGGAAAAAAUGGAGAUAAUUCCUCAAAACCAGUGUUUGAGAUGGGAUCAUUUACAUCAGUAAGUAUGCUGAGGCCUGAAAUCCCAAAUGCAUCAGAAAGUGCAGUUAGCAUUUCGAAUUCGAUGUUUCAAACAGGUUCAGGGAAAACAGUCCACAUAUCUUCAACUGGUUUACGCAGAGCAAAAACAUUGUUAGGUAUAGAUGUAAACUCUGAUCAAGAAUCUCUACCUUUGUUUGGACAGACACAAAUUCAAUCAUCCUCCUUAGAACUUUUUGGUUGGGAAGAUCCAUCUCAUUUAGAGAAUGGGGGGGAAACAUGUAGCUUUGGUCAUAUUAGUUCUUCAAAAGUUUUGCCAUCUUUUGGUAAUAAUCUGUGCAGAAUUGAAGCAAAUAGAUUUACAGGAUCCUCAAAAACUGGUCCCAAGUCUCCAAUCAAAUUUCAUACUGCUGGGGGGAGAUCUAUAUCAGUGUCCAGUGAUGCAUUGCAACGAGCAAGGAGCUUACUUGGUAAUCUUGAGACUGAUUCAUUUUUAGAUGACGAAAGUUCAGCUCAUCCAAUGAUAUCCGGUGAAAAGCCCGGUGGUUCAGAUAACAACCAUGAUUUUAGUGCACCAUUCUUGGAGAAGGGAAUAGAAAAUUGCUACAGUUCUUCAAGGAAUUUUAUAUCGCCCCUUAAAACAUAUUCAUAUCAAAAGAACCAAAAGCAAUCAAGUAAGUUUCGCAAAAUACAGCCAGGGAGUAACUUGAUGACAAAGUUUGAUGCCGAGGCAACUACUAACACCUCUAAGGAAACUUAUAGAGAGCAUGCAUUUGGCACAAAGUCACUGCAAGAGAAUUACUACUUAGGAGAGGUGGAUUGUUUGGGAAAUACUGUUCAGCCAAAAUAUGUUCCCUCAAAAAGGACAUUGGUUGAUAUCACAAAUACCAUGAACACAGAUAACACAGGCAAUAAGCAAUGUUUGAAUGAUAAGAGAAGACCUAAAAGGUUUGCAUCUGCUUCUCCCUUCAAGAAGCCCCGAAGUUCAUUUAUCACACCUUUAAAAAGAAGUAAUUCUUCACUCAGUAAUGAUUUGUCCAGGUUAGCACCAAAAGAGGUCUGUUUCAAGCCGAUAUCCACAAGAUACCCUCUUCAAGUUUCACGAAAAUAUCUCAAAGAAUUUGUUCCACAGUCUCCACAUCAGGAGAAGUUGGAGAACUUGCCGGAGCAUGUUAAAAGAAUGAACCCACUAGCUGCAGCAAGGCAUAUUUUCCAAAAUGAAAUGGCUUCUGAUACCAUUGGGAUUGAGACCUUUUGCAGAAUGUUGUCUUACUCUGGAGUUUCUCCCCAAUACAUGACCAAAGAGUGGGUUUCUAAUCAUUAUAAGUGGAUUGUUUGGAAACUUGCCUCUUAUGAGAGGUGUUAUCCUGCUAAAUUCGCUGGAAAACUGUUGACAGUUAACAAUGUGCUUGAAGAAUUGCGGUACAGGUAUGAAAGAGAAGUAAAUCAUGGUCAUAGAUCCGCAAUUAAGAAAAUCUUAGAUGGAGAUGCACCCCCUUCUUCAACAAUGGUUUUGUGCAUUUCCUCUAUUGGUGGAAACUCUAACCCCAACGUUGGACAUCAAUAUGGUCAACUAGGAAAGACUAGCUAUGAUAAAGACUCAAAAAUAGAAUUAACUGAUGGGUGGUACUCUGUGAAAGCUCAGCUGGAUGAAUUGCUAUCUCAGCAGCUUGCUUCAGGGAAGUUAUUUUUGGGUCAAAAGCUCAAGAUUUGUGGAGCAAAACUUUCUUCGUGGCUUGGACCUGUUUCACCCUUAGAGACGUCACAACAACCUUGUUUGCAUUUACACAUAAAUGGCACCUACAGAUGUCAUUGGGCUGAAAAAUUGGGAUUCUGCAAAAAUGCUGGUGUUCCAUUGGCAUUCAGAUGCAUCAAGGGCACUGGAGGAGCAAUUCCAAGCACUUUAGUUGGAGUGACAAGGAUAUAUCCGAUACUCUAUAGGGAAAGGUUGAGUGAUACGAGCUUCAUUGUGAGAUCUGAGAGGAUGGAAGCUAAAGCACUGCAAUUAUAUAAUCAAAGGCGCAGUUUUAUUGCUGAAGAAAUAUCAGCAUUCCAUCAUGAGACAGACUUUGAUGUUGGUAAUGAUCAUGAGAGUGAGGAAGGGGCAAAGAUCAUGAAGUUACUUGAAACAGCUGCCGAACCUGAGGUUUUAAUGGCAGGGAUGAGCUCAAAGCAACUAACUUCUUUUGCUUCUUACAAAGCGAAAUUGGAGGCCAUAAGGCAGUCAGACUUGCAAAAAUCUAUUGAGAAAGCUAUUGAGGCUGCUGGGCUUAACAAGAGAGAUGUGACACCUUUUAUGCGGAUUAAAGUUGUUGGUUUGACACAUAAAUUUCAUCGAAAAGACGAUGGUUCAAGAAAGGGCUUGGUAACAAUUUGGAAUCCAACUAAGCAGCAGAUGCUAGAACUUUCUGAAGGGCAUGCUUAUGCUGUUGGAGGCCUUUUACCAUCUAGCUCUGAUUCAGGAAUCCUUUACUUACAAGCAAGGGGAUCAACGAGCAAUUGGCUACCUCUGGCUCCCCUGACUAUGGAAAAUUACGAGCCAUUCUUCACUCCCCGUUCAUCAACAACAUUAUCAAGUUUGGGCAAAGUUCCUCUCUCCAGUGAGUUUGACAUUGCCGCAUUCGUUGUUUAUGUGGGGGAGGUGUACACACAUGGUCAUCAGCAAAAGCAGUGGGUGUUUGUAACUGAUGGAUCUACAGAUGAAUCAUGUGAGAACAGAUCUCAGGACACGCUACUGGCUAUUAACUUCUGCUUGCCUUGUGCUGAGUCAUGCUCAUAUACAUGUGCCCCAGUAAACUCCAACAUUGCCGCCUCUGUUGUUGGUUUCUGUAACCUCAUCAAGCGACGGAGAGAUGAAGCAAAUGGCUUGUGGGUUGCAGAGGCAACAGAGAACUCAGAAUACUUUCUAAGUUAUGAUGAUGCACGUCGCAAACAUUUAAAAGAAGCCGCCGCUCUUGUAUUGAAUUGGGCAAGCUCGUCGGGUUCGAUAAUUCACAAGCUUGAGGACAGGGUUGUGUCUAUCAUCCAGAAAUCCAAAGACGGUUAUUGACAGAUAGAUUCCUGGUUGGAUGAUCGAUGAUCGGUCUGUAUAUUGAAAUUGGUGAAGGACAAGGUAAUUUUAAUUUUUGGCCAUAGAUAGAGUGUGCUUUGCUGCAUGUUAAUGAAACAGAAUUUGGAUGUAAAUAGAUGAUACAAGUGUCUUCCAAAUAAAUGUGAUUUUUGUGUGCUUUUUGAG